UUUUUUUUUGGUCCCUUUUAAAUAGUUCAACAAACAUAUAUCCUUUUCCCUUUUUCUGUUAUUUGACUCUUUUCCUCGUUUCCCGACUCUUCAAACGCCUUUUAUUAGAUAAUGCUCAUGAUGACAUCGCCGGCUUUUAAUACGUCUUCUACUUCAAAUACUCCCAGUACGACUAAUCAUUUAAAAGGAAAGAAGCCUUAUAAAAGUUGGCUCAAAGAUGGCGUGAAUGGUGGUCCUUGUUCGAUGGACGUCUUGGUCAACUGGCUAUCAAAGAAAGCCAAUUAUGCGAAAUGGAAAGGAGAUGAAUGUGAAAGAAUACCCAAAAAAUCAUUAUUAGAAGAUAUCAUUGAGGAAAUGAGACAAGUCGGCAUCCAUCAUCGCUUAGCAAAAGACGUCGCCUCCAAGAUUUCCACUUUACAAAGCAAUUAUCGCUUGGCGCGUGAAUGGAACGAAACAGACGGCAGGAAACUGCUAAAAACGGGUGCCAGUGAAGAAAGCGUGCAUGAGGAACUGUUGAAAAGAUUUCCUUACUGGGACGCUUUGGAUGAAGUAUUUUCUUCUUGGUCCAUGUCGAUUAGUAAUUUGAUGCAUUCCAGUCACCCUCAUCAUCAACAAAAAGCACAGAUUCCUCCUCUCAUCAAGAAAGAGCCAUUUGAGCACUCGAACGACGCUUAUCAUUUUGGUAAACGCAAGCGGAAAUCAGUCGAUCUCGAUAUCAACGCCAAACGAUCGCCCAUGGGAGGCAUCCCUCCACCUCAUCGUACGCCCGAUAGGCCCAGUCAAAGUUUUCCUACAUUACAGCAGCAGCAGCAGCAACAUCAUUCACCUAUGAUUAUACGGCCUCUCCCCAGAGUCUUGCAUUCGCCUAUUCACAAAGUGAUACCACCACCACCACUACCAUCACCACCAUCACAACAACAACAGUCAUUACUCGCAGCAUCCUUACUUCAAGUGACACGUGAAAAAGAAGCAGGCCGAAUGAAACGAUCCAAAGAAAUGCUGCAGUUUCUACGUGAAAAACGGAUCGAAAGAGACCAACUUUUAAUUGAAAAAGAACUGACAAAACGAGUCAAAGCCAAAGCUGAAUUAGUCAAGAGCUUACUAGAAGCCGGUUUUGACAAACAAGCCAUUGCUGAACAACUCAACAAAUUAUGAAACCCAAUAGGAUGUAGUUUUAUGACACAUGCCACUUUUUCUUUGUUCAAAUAUAUAUUUUUUUUUUUAUCUUUUCUACUACUAUUACUAUUACUAUUAUUACUAUUGCUACUAUUAUUAACCUUUCUUCUCCUAUGCCAAAUUGUACUUUAUCGCUUCAACCUCAUACCCUUUUUCAGAAUUGCUUUUUUUUUUUUUCUUUUUUUUUUCUUGAUACAUUUACAC